AUGGUGAACUUCUCCAAGAAACUGACAACAGAUCAAAUUCCAGGAUGGGGGGAGUACUACUUCAACUACAGGCUACUGAAGGGAAGAGUGAAGGAAUACACAGAGCAGACUAGAGAAGGCAACCGUGAUCGCCGACGUGUUUUGAAAGACUUCUCAAAGUUGCUUGAUGAUGAGAUUGAAAAGAUUGUGCUGUUCAUGAUAGAACAGCAAGGACUGAUCGCAGCAAGGCUUGAAGAUUUAGGGAAGAAAAGGGCAAGACUUCAAGAUUUGCCGCUUCUACAAGAGAUUGCUGAACUAAGAGAAGCCUACAGGGAAGUUGGCCUGGAUCUUGUGAAGCUUCUAAAGUUUGUCGAAAUUAAUGCCAAUGCUGUUCGGAAGAUACUGAAGAAAUUCGAUGAACGCUUGGGUUACAAAUUUACAGAUUAUUAUGUCAAGAGCAGAUCAAACCAUCCGUACUCUCAGCUUCAACAGGUUUUCAGGCAUGUGGGUAUUGGGGCUGUUGUUGGAGCAUUGUCUCGCAACCUCAGCGAUCUCGAGGAGCGUGAAGGAAGCUAUCUGAAUAUCUAUGACCAGCAUCCAUUGGCCAUUCCAAAGGACCCCAUAAUUGAUCUGAUAAAGACGACAGCUGACAAGCUGACGAACUCGACGAACUUCCUACGGUUCUUAGGGCAGCACGCGCUUAUCGCGCAAGAUGACACCACAAGUUCAGAAGUAGAAAACGUCGAGGAAGACAAGUACUAUUUCAUCUCCCUUGUGCUGAACCUGGUGAACACCUUCCUGUACAUGGUCAACACAUACAUCAUCGUCCCAACCGCCGAUGACUACGCCACCAGCCUUGGCGCAGCCGCGACGGUGUGCGGCGUCAUCAUCGGGUCCAUGGCGGUCGCUCAGAUCUUCUCCUCAGUCUAUUUCAGCGCGUGGUCAAACAGGUCAUACUUCAGGCCGCUGCUGUUCAGCAGCGUCGUCCUUCUUCUAGGCAAUGUGAUGUACGCUCUGGCCUAUGAUCUUGACUCCCUGGCGAUCCUCCUCAUCGGCCGGCUUUUGUGCGGGUUGGGUUCUGCAAGAGCUGUCAACAGGAGGUACAUCAGUGACUGUGUUCCUCCUAGGCUCCGCAUGCAGGCUUCUGCAGCAUUCGUCAGUGCUAGUGCUCUUGGAAUGGCUUGCGGUCCUGCACUCGCCGGCCUGCUUCAGACUAACUUCAAGCUGCAUGUUUUCACCAUCAACCAAGACACCUUGCCCGGCUGGGUCAUGGCGUUUGGCUGGCUGGCAUACCUGAUCUGGCUGUGGAUUUCAUUCAAAGAGCCAGCUCUUGAUCCUGGUGUAAAAGUUUUCUAUGAGGGUUCCUCUACCAGCUCCAGUACAAGAUACUUGGAGCAAGAACUGGAGCAGGGCCUUGCUGAACAACUUCUGGUCUCCAAUGGCAAUGACCAGGGUGAAGUAAGAUCUCUUAAGCCAGCAUCUUCAUUUGCUUCGGCUUAUAGAUUGCUCACACCGUCAGUGAAGGUACAGUUACUGAUAUACUUCAUGCUGAAAUACGCGAUGGAGAUUCUGCUCUCGGAGUCGAGUGUCGUAACCAGCUACUACUUUGGCUGGACCACCAGCACGAUCGCCGUGUUCCUCGCGAUCCUGGGGCUAACCGUCCUGCCCGUCAACGCCAUCGUCGGCACCUACAUCAGCAACAUGUUCGAAGACAGGCAAAUCCUUCUGGCAUCCGAGGUCGUGCUUCUGGUGGGAGUGCUGCUGAGCUUCCGUCUGACGGGCACGUACACCGUGGCGCAGUACGUCUGCUCGGCGCUGCUGACGUUCGUCUCCGCCGAGGUCCUUGAAGGCGUGAACCUGUCGCUGCUGUCGCAGGUGAUGUCGUCGCGGCUGUCGCGCGGCACGUACAACGGCGGGCUGCUGUCGACGGAGGCCGGGACGCUGGCGCGGGUGGUGGCGGACGGCACGAUCACGCUGGCGGGGUACCUCGGCAAGGGCGCGGUCCUGAACGCCACGCUGCUGCCGUCCCUGCUCAUCUGCCUCGCCUCCAUCGCCGCCACCAUAUCCACGUACAACUCGCUCUUCUACUAGCAGGCGUCGUCCGGCCCGCGGCUGGGCAUGGAACGUCCGGACGUGGCGGCGCCGACGCAAAGGGCUCGUUGCAGCGGCGGACUGGUUGCGGUUCACGCGUGUGUUUGUUUGCUAGCGUAUCGUGUGCUUCGAGAGAGAGACCAGCAGGUGCGUGUGAGAUCGUGGACCUCGUCGCGCGUUCGGCCGGCGUUGGCUGGCGCUGGUGAGCGGGCCGUGACUGCUACGCGAGAGGCUCGUGUGAUCCACGGCCCCGUGCGGAAUGUGGUGGGCCUGGGUGAAGAUGUGUACUCCCCCCUCGGUACACUAUUUUGUUAAAAUUCAA